AUGCCCAAGGAUCCAUUGGUUGGGCUGGUUGGAAAGCCAUCCAGUGGAAAGUCGACCACACUCAAUAGUUUGACAGAUGCUUCUUCCAAAGUUGGAAACUUCCCAUUCACUACUAUCGAUCCUCAGCGCGCCAUCGGAUAUCUACAAAUAGAAUGCGCAUGCCAGCGAUUCAAUGUCUCGGACAAAUGCAAACCAAACUACGGAGGUUGUACGGACGGGCGACGCUCUGUUCCCAUUGAGCUUCUGGAUGUUGCAGGUCUGGUACCAGGCGCACACCAAGGACGAGGCUUGGGAAAUAAGUUCUUGGAUGACCUGCGUCAUGCGGAUGCUUUAAUCCAUGUGGUUGAUGUUAGCGGAACUACAGAUGCCGAAGGGAAGACAACGCGAGGAUACGACCCCUCGCAGGAUAUCGAAUGGCUGCGAUCCGAGAUUGUGCGAUGGGUGCUUGGAAACUUGAUGCAAAAAUGGGGCUCUAUCAAGAGACGACACUGUGCAACAAAGUCGACUGCCGUGGAUACUCUACAGAAUCAAUUUUCGGGUUACGGAAGCACAACGCAAACUGUCGCACGUUGUUUAGAUCGAUUAUCAAUGAAGGAGCCACUUGAGGAAUGGUCAGAUGAAACCGUCGAGCUAGUCGUCAAAACAUUCAUUGACGAGAAGUUCCCGACGGUUUUCGCAUUGAAUAAGAUCGACCAUCCUGAUGCAGACAAGAAUGUCAGCAAGAUCGCUAAAAUGCAGGACCCGAAAUCCAUAGUACUCUGCUCUGCGAUAUCGGAAGUUUUCCUUCGGAGACUUGCAAAGCAAGGCUACAUCAAAUACACAGAAGGUAGUGAAUUUGUAGAUACGAGAGAAGACCUCAUUGAGAUGGGAGAGCCUGAUGGUGGUGACUUGAAGGAAAUGGAUGAAAAAUUAAAGACUCGUGUUGAAAACCUGAAGGAUAUGGUCCUUUAUCGCUUUGGCUCAACUGGUGUUGUACAGUGUCUCUCUCGAGCCGCAGAGCUCCUGGGACUCGUGCCUGUUUUCCCAGUCCGAAAUAUCAGCACAUUCUCCUCUGGGGCCGGCAGUGCCGUAUUCCGAGAUUGCGUCCUGGUCAAGAGGAACACCACUGUGGGCGAAGUUGCCCAUAAGGUUAUGGGAGACGUGCCUAUCAAUUACAUUGAAGGCGUGGGAGGAACCCGAGUCUCCGAGGAUGAAAUCGUCCAAGUAGGAAAAUACGACGUGCUUUCAUUCAAGCCUGGCCGGUAG